GGGGCAUUGAAUACAACAUUAAGUUCUGCCGGUGACGAAUUCAAUCUUAUGGAUGCCAAGGCCAUGCCUCGCACGCACCUAGAGGCGCCGAGCCGAACUUGGCGCCGCGCCGUCCUGAUGUCCGCACUCCCCGAUCUUCUAACUCAAUCUCGCCGUCCAUCGGCCUCCUGCGAGAACUACUGCGAGGGAACCGUCACAUGAAAGAGGCUAGACUAGUGUCUAGUGGGAAGCAUAUCUGGGGAUUUAAAGGGCGUCCUGCCUCACUGAUGUGAUGAGCACAUCUGGCAACACGCUGACGAGGUUCAGCUGCGAUCUACAGUUAUGGCGUCUCUUUUCAGAACACCCAUGCUUUACCUCCUGUUCCUGGCCCUGUCUCUUGUCGAAGCCGGCGUGGAAACAGAUACUGUGACGGCCUUCUCGCCACAGAGGCCUACACCGAGACCUGCACCCGAUGGGACAUUAAGACCAGCAGCGACGAUGGUGCUAGCGGAGGCGACACAGGCACCGGAUCUGCGCCGAGGUAUCGGAGUGGUCCUGAGACGACAAGGAGCGACAACGAUGUCGACAACGACCUUGACCAUGACGUACGCGCCCGACGAAACCUGCGGCUAUGUGUCGGCCUCGCCCGGAAUCCCGCUCACCUGUUCUCAGGGAAGAGGGUGCAGAUGGGAGGUCAAAACAAUAAAGCAUAUCAUGUGCGCAGACCAAGACAUGUUUUUGCGCUGCAUGGACCGUGUUGUUGCGCUUGACACUAGAUCGUGCGAUGAUACCUGCAGGAGCAACAUCCAAAUACUCAAAUGCACCGACACUAUCUCGCCAUUCUGCCGCACCUACUUGUACCCAGACGACGUCACAGGCUACACCUGCCAUCCCAACCAGUUACCGACCACGCAGGGCGUCGCCUUUACCUGGCUCGAUCAGCCAAAUCAGCAAUUGGCCACCGUGACCGUAAUCGCUCCCGCGCCGCGCACAUCCAGUACCCCUGAUUCCACCUCUGCAACGUCUUCGGCAGACCCAACGGCGAAAGGCGGGAACAGCCAUAACUCGAACAUACCAGUGAUUGUGGGCGGGUUAGUCGGCGGCCUGGUCGUGCUCAUUCUGGCCGCGGUGGCCGUCUUCUUUAUCAAAAAGAAGUACCGGGCUGGAAAAGACACCGACAGCGGGGCGGCAACGGAGCCAACCUUCGACCGGUUCGGCUUGGGCGCGCACGGCGGCGCGCACAACAGAGAUGAUGAGAACGAGCGGAGCCCGCUUAGCCGCAACCCUCCAAUGGUUAGCAGCCACUACGCGCGUGACAGCGUGAGUGCCAUCUCGCAGCAGAGCGACUCCCGGAUGAGCAUGCAGUCGUCAGGUACGUUCGUUGGGUACCAGGGCAUGGGGCCGGGUGGGCAACCCGAAACAAUCCAAGAGAUGGCGACGGACCAGCAGAUUCACGAGAUGGGGACGGAUUAUAAAGGGCACGAAAUGUGAGGAUGGGUGAGAUUGCGGCGCCAUUAGCUCUGACUGGAGGCCGGCAGUGCUGUCUUGGCAUAUGCACCAAGGAGUGGGAUUCUCACCGCAUUGGCCAUGCUCAGAGGGCUUUACGGGCUGCAGUAAGCCAAACGCCACGGUCAAUCUUGCACGCCGCACAAGCACGCGUCGAUGUAUUGAUAUAGUAU